GGCAUCUUUUUUUUUUUUUUUAUCCCAAUCAAUGAAUGGAUUUUUUCCCCUGUAUGUUGGUUUUACAAGUGCAAGUAUAUUAAUCUACUAAUAAUCCCAACUUGACAUGAAGUUGAUAAGUAACAAGUAAGAAUAAAUUGUGUUUCAGUGAGUUUGUGUUCGACCCAAUUAAAUGGCAGCGGAAGCAAAUGAACGAGGACUUCCUUGACCUAUCAAAGAUGUUCAAUGCAGUUAAAUCGCUUGUUCGAGUGCCUUCUGUAGACCCCAAAUAUAAAAUUGCUCUUCUUGCUUCUAAGCAGGACCGUUGUCUUGUUGAUCUACUGCAUGCUUGGCAAGAUGGAAAACUUCCGGUUCAGAUAAGCUCUGUAAUCAGCAAUCAUGAUAGGGUGGGGAAUACCCAUGUGAUGCGGUUCCUUGAAAGACAUGAGAUUCCAUAUCAUUAUCUGUCCAAGUCAAAGGAGAAGAAUGUAGAAGAUGAGAUAUUGGGGUUGGUUGAAGAUACAGAUUUCUUGGUCCUUGCUAGAUACGUGCAGGUAAAUGUUUUUCUAGUAGUAGUAUAG